AUGCCCAAGAGAAAGGUCAGCCUGGCUGAAGGGGCAGUGAAUGAGAGGUCCAAGAGGAGAUUAGCGAGGUUGACAGCUAAACCUGCUCCUGCAAAAAUGCAAAGUAAGUCAAAAAAGACAACAGCAGGAAAUGAUAAAUCUACAGACAAAAAUGUGCUAACAAAUGAGAAAAGGGAGGCAAAUGGAAAACAGGCUGAAAUGGCUAACCAAGAAACCAAAGAUUUACCUGCCGAGAAAGGCGAAACUAAAAGCAAGGGCUGUCCAGCCUCUGAUGAAGCAGGAGAGAAGAAGCAAGCUCGGAAUAGUGUUGGUCUACAUAGUGGCUUCCCCGCUGAGCAGCCCCCAGAACUCCAUGCCCCCUCUGGAGCCACUCUGCCCAAAUCUGGUAAUCCCGGAGCCCUUGAAGGGUGCCAGGAACCUGGCCCACACCAUCCUCCACCAAGGGAGAGUCUUCAUUCAGGUCAGUUCGGCUCACAUUGGGAUGUCCUUAAACUCCACGAGCUUCUUCCAAAAAUAUCUUUUGUUCCUCCUUUCCCACCUCAAAGUAAUAUUGAGCAACUGGCCAUAAAGUCAUAUGUUACAUUAAAUGCCAAGUACGUUAAGACUCAUAAGGAGCUCUGGUAG